AUCAGCAAUGACGAUGCCAUGUUCAUUAUUGAUGAUGCUGACUUGGGAAAGGAAAAGCAAUACGAACUCGAAGAAAUUCUUCAGAGAAGCAUUAGUAAUACCGUGCCAGAAUCUCUGUUCUUUGACUCACUUAUCUUGACACACCUCAGGUCGUCAAUAUUCUAGAAGACAAAGUUUCUCCCUACGACAAGAAAGACUGGAUACUGACUCUUAUUAAAACCAUGUAUUUCGAUCAAUGGAGCAAACAGCACCAAAGAAUAUUCAACGUUGAUCUCAUUCCCAAUGCGAGUAAUGUGCUUACACGGAUACUGUACGAUCAAGCCAGAAAGGGCAAAGCAAAUCUAAGAAGUCAUAUGAUUCCGCUACAAGCGCCAAAUAUACGAGAGAAAGGAUUGUAUAUAUAUUCUGGUAAGGUAAAAAAAAAGAAAGGAGCAGCAUUCUUCGCCAGCAGCACAUCAAUGUUGUCCGAACGUAUUUUACUGUACCCGACAUGUGUCACAAGCGUGGGAGCGGGAUUUUGCCGUGCUCAAAGAAAAAAGGAAACAGAAGAUAAUUUAAUCGGCAGAUUGAGUUGCAAAGCACUUGAACAAGUAUUACUUUGGUUCUGUUGCAGACAGGUUUCGGUAGAAAUAGUCAAAGUAGAUCCUAUCCCUGAUUCAGCGUCAGCAUCUACGUCGAGUCGUGGCAUAGUACGCUCAAAAGCAUUUCCUUAAGGGCUAACAACAACGACGUCUUAACACCAGUCAUCCAUAUCCUUACUCGUAAGGUGUCCCCACAUUACUAGCAGAUGUAUACCAGGCUCAUCGUCCGAGAAUCUUUAGGCUCUCCAAUA